AUGGCCCCUCAAUUCAAUAAUGGUUCCCUCAGUUCCCAUCCCACCUCACGAACCUCCUCCUUCUCUCCCUCUUCACAGUCCGGAAAACCGCUUUCCUCACGCUCGAUCUCGUCAACAAGAAUUUGGCGCUCGCAUCAGGAAUACCUAGACAGUUUGGAAUGUCCAACGCAUGAGAUGGUGCAGAAAAUCGCAGCGGUGCAGGAGGGGAAGGAGGAGGAGAUUAUCCGGAAACAUCUCAAAGAUGGACUGCAGAAAGGACACCCGGAAUUGAGCGAGGAUGAGAGGGAGAGGGCUGCUGGUUUAAUUCAGAGGAAUUAUCGCGGGCAUAGGGAGAGGAGGAUGAUGGCUGGGAUGAGUCUGGAUCCGAGUUCGAGGUGGGUGGAGGCUGUCAGGGAAGCGCAGUAUAGAAAUAUGGUGCAACCCAGGGCGAGAGGAGAAAUUGGGAAGAGCAAAGACGCUUCGUUAGAGGUUGGGGUGGGCCAGGCUGGGGAGGGUCUGUCGGUGGAGAAAACCGAUUCGCAUAGGCACAGAGCCACGAGUAGCGCAAGGCAGAACUGGAUGAAAAUUGGUCGAAUAGCUAGGAGGGCAGGAGGAGACGAAGACUCGGAUUCGGACAAUUGGGUUGAUGACGAGAACCUCCCCGAAAGCGAGCGCGAAGCUGCUCGGAGGCUACAAAUUCAAAAGAAAAUGGAACGGCAAAAGAAGGCCAAGAUGAUGGAUCUCCAAUAUUUUCUAGAGAUGGUUGAUCUUAAGCAUCGAUACGGGAGUAAUUUACGAGUGUAUCACGAGGAGUGGAAAAAAGCAGAUACCAAAGAGAAUUUCUUUUAUUGGCUCGAUAAAGGAGAGGGGAGGAUGAUCGAUAUGCAGGCUUGUCCAAGGGAAAGAUUAGAGAGGGAGCAGGUGCGGUAUCUGUCAAAGGAAGAACGAUUGAAUUAUCUGGUUAUAAUCAACAAGGAUGGAAGGCUUUGUUGGGCGAAGAACGGGGCUCUAAUAGAUACGACUGCAAAUUUCAAGGAUAGUAUACGAGGGAUUGUGUCGAGUACAGACGAAACGCCAGCAUUUACACCAGCUCAUGCGGAAGCUUCACAUCAUUCUCAUGAAGAUCACGAACAUGACGAUGAGUCUAGUGAUAGCUCUGAUUCUGGCACUUCGGCUCGUGCCAAUAAGUAUGCGAGUCCGGAAUUCGAUGGUGCGACAGGAGUCAAGAAGGUCAAACAUGUUUCGGCAGCAACGAUAUUUAACAAGUUGUUGCGCGGAUCGGUGAAGAAGAAUACCUGGAUAUUCGUCGCUGAUACAAGCUUUCGCUUGUAUGUUGGUAUCAAACAAUCUGGCGCUUUUCAGCAUUCUUCAUUCUUGCAUGGGUCACGUAUCUCCGCGGCUGGACUCAUUAAAAUCAAGAAUGGAAGACUCUCGAAAUUGAGCCCAUUGAGUGGUCAUUACAGACCACCAGUAUCCAAUUUCCGUGCCUUCGUCCACUCACUCAAAGAUGCUGGCGUAGACAUGUCUCACGUCUCUAUUUCUCGCUCUUACGCUGUACUCGUCGGUCUGGAAGCCUACGUCAAAACCCGACGUCGAGGCAAGAAAAUCAUCAAGAAGCUCGUCCACCACCGCGACAAACUCCUAGAUCCCGAAGAAGAAAAGAAACGUCUAGAGGCGGAACGUGAUAAGAGCGAGAGUGCGGAACUUGAACGCAGAUAUCUAGAGCAGAAGGAGAGGCUGGAACACGAGGAAGCUGAAAGAAACAGGGCUGAUAAAAGACUGCUGGAGAAGCUGGACCAGUUGAGGAGUCGACCUAGGAGUCGCAAUAGUUCUGUUGCUACGGGAGAUGGGACGAAAUCUCCUGUUAGUCCGAGAGCGCAUGAUUCGUUGUUUAGACAUGUGACGCCGGUUAAGAGUCCUCAGGUAGAAGAUAGGAUGGGGAUGGCGGAACUACAUAUCACGCCGCCGAAACAGAAACAGCCGGAUCCGGAUAUUGAAGCUCCUGGUACCGGACCGGAAAAUGCUAUUGCUCCUGAGGGGACGAGGAAUGAUUGA